AAUUUCUCCUCCACCGCAACGCGAACCCAGCGGGCUCUAAAGAAAAACAACAAGCGAGGAAGACAAGAGAGAUUAAGUGAGGGAUUGAGAGGGCCGGUCGCAUUCAUCUCCUUUCUCCCGCUUAUUUCAAGCUUAUACAUCGCUGAGAACUAGCAGUUGUUAACCUCACAUUGGGAAUCUGCUCUACUAAGUCCGAGAGGUUUCUUUUUCUUUUUGAUGGCCGAUGCUCUCCUUCGCCUUACUCUUCUUCUUCCCUUUCGAACGCCGCUUCUUUAUCCGGAAACUUCCUCCCGUCGGCUGAAGCUAUCAACGCGACCUCAUUCCACUGCCCUGGUCGCAGCCGCCGCUUCUCAACACUUCCAACGAUCGUCCGGUUUCGUG